AUGGACAAAGUAAACAAAUGCCUCGACGAUGUCGAGCGUAAGAUGACAAAGCUCAACGCUAUCACUGCCAAAGGAGCAAGCAACAUCAAUAUCAAGGAUGCCAUCAAGGCAGCACGAAAGGGAAAUUCUAUCACCGCAACCAUCAAGAAAGGCGCGAAAGAGUUCAGCGCACUUUCCCCUUCAGAAGAAGAGUUGAAAGGUAUCAUCGUGAAGAUGGACCGUCUCAUCACUCAGCAGGAGAAACAAUUGGCUUUCACCAUCCAAAACAAACCUCACUUCGAUAAGAUACACAUUUCCGGAACCGUCAGAAAGAGCAUGCAGAAAUCCGAUGGCACAAGUCUCGAGCUUACGAAGAUUUUGGUUGAGAAAUGUCCUCCGAGCUUGAAGCCCGAGGCUGAAGCGAUAGAGAAGAGGGCGAGGGACAGUUUUGACGCUUGUUACCAGGCGUACUCAGAUGCGAAGGGAGGAGAGGACUUGGUUGAUGAUAAGGUUGAUGAUUCGGACUAG